AUGGCCGAAAAGGAGCCGGCCUUCGAAUUCGCCGACCAACGCCUGCCUGCCAUGGAGUUGAUGACUGCCAAUGGCGCCGAACUCGAUCUGCGCGACCUGGCGGACAGCAUCAUCGUUCUGAGCUUCUUUCCCGAUGAGUGCGGCAGCCCCUGCACCGAACAGCAGGCUCUUUUGGUCGAAGUCCAGAAAUCCAUUAACAACACGCCGAUGCGCGAGAUGGUCACCUUCUUGACCGUCACUUCGCGGGGAACUCCCGCUGUCGAAGGCUGGGAGGGCACAAAUUGGCUGCGUGUGACGGCUGGAGGCGGAGAUACUGUCACCGACGUGAUCACCGAAUUGGCCGAACUGUCGCGCCGCAACCAAGGCGCUCCAAUGGUUCACAUCAUCGCCCGCGGGACCCGCCAUGCCGCCAUCUUCCACGGGGCGGAUUUCGAGCGGAUCAAUAUGAUCCUUUACAUAAACGGACUGACGAACGCUCACCCGCCCGAGCCAAGCAUCCUCGACCGUAUUCUUGAAUGGUUGCCGCCCUGCCCCGUCCUGCAGUGGGGCGUGCAGCGGGCCGCGGCCUACGAGAGGGCCGCCAAGCUUCGGCCGCGGCAACGGGCGGCCGUGGAGACGUCCUAUGGCUGCUACGUGUCCUACAUUGCCGGGGGGACAGUGACGGGGGCAGCGGAGCCCUCGCGCCGCCGUGUCGUCUUGCUCAGCCUCUGCUUUGUCCUCGGCUUUUCGACGAUCUUCAUGGCGCUCGGCGCCUCGGCUACCGCCCUCGGACAGGCGCUUCUGCGCUGGCGCUACGAGCUUAAUAUUGUCGGGGGCGCCAUAGUGAUCCUGUUCGGCAUGUUCAUGAUCGGUGCGGCACGCUUUGCUGCGAUGGAACGCGAGCUGCGCUUUCAUAUAGAUAUUCCGGGCGGCCGGCCGGUCGCGUCCUACGUGCUCGGGCUUGCUUUCGGUUUCGGCUGGACGCCCUGCAUCGGCCCGAUUCUCGGUGCGAUUCUCACCGCCAGCGCCGCAAGAGCGACGGUAGGCCAAGGCGUUGCUCUUCUCGCCGUGUAUUCGGUGGGCCUUGGUGUACCAUUCUUGAUCGUGGCCGGUUUCACGGACAAGAUCGCAGGAAAACUGCGGAGCAUCGGUCGCGUCGGCCGCCGCCUGCAUCAGGCCGCGGGGGCAAUAAUGAUCCUUAUGGGUGUCGCCAUGAUGACCGGGCGGCUGAGCGCACUAUCUUACUGGCUGCUAGACGCAUUUCCGAUUCUGGCGCGGAUCGGAUGA